CGGUUAUUUCGGCCGGCAGGACGAGUAGGCGGACGGAGCGAGUCACGUCCGGUAAAACCGGAAAAGGACGUGGAGCCGAGGGGCGGAGCCAGAGUAGGAGUGGUUUACGCUCUUUUUAUCUGCGCAGCGAGAUCGGCCGAGUGGGAAGAGUGGCGCCCGCCGGCCCUAACACUCCGCGGUAAUUACGGACACGUCGCCCGUCCGUCCAAAACAUGGAAGGGAUCCGUCCGACGCACGAGACCGAAUUCGCAGGCGUGGCCCAUCCGCUACCAUAUUACGGGAAUCCCCCGGACCUCCCGAGACCAGAAGACGGCACCAAUCCCACCGUUUUCGCCGUGUCGGCGGGAUGCGUAGUGGCAACGGCCGCGCUGCUGGCAGUCUUGGUCUGGGUGUUCCGCCGCCGGACACGGGAGAAAGAGGGUCGCUUAGCUGCGCGUGCUCGUUUAUUCUCCAGAGACAGAUUAACUACGUCAGAAUACAAGAACACAUUGGCCAGUUUGGAUCGCAAGUUAGCCAUGGAUGAAAUAUUAGAAAAGAAAAGAGCUAUUUUAGCGCCAUCUGAUGACUCGAAAACUAACCAAUACGUAGAUGAAGUAUUUGUUGAUCUAACGGCUUCUAAUUUCGUAGACGUGGAAGAAACAAGACUGUUGAAAGAUAAUUGUUAAACAAAAACAAAUUGUUAUUAAUUAGAGUGUGCGCGUGUCAGUGUAGCCAGCCUAUAUAUACACAGUGUA